UUCGCCGUGUAUUGACCUUGAAAACGUCAGUUGCCGGGCGUGCGCCGUGCUAGCCCAUGCUCCAUCCGCAGAGAGGGGAUAAAACAUUCAAAACAAAACAAACCCCAAAAUACGAUACGCAAACGCGAGUGAAAGCCGUUAAUAAAUAAUAAAACGAAACAUUAAAUCGACUUCCAUGUUAAUAAUAGUGAAUUAAGUGUUGUUUCCAAGAACAAGUUGUUCCAGAAAUUAUGUUUCGAAUUCAUUGCGCAUGUGUAAACAUACCUUACUAAAUUAAAAAGUCGUGCUUACGGUGAAUCUGCCUGCUGUUCGUUUGGUUGGAUUAUACAGAUACGGAAUGUCAUGGCGUAAUAACAGAUAUAAAUAUCAAAAUUUCAUCGUUCAUUCAAAAAUACCGACAGAAAACUCGUAGAAAGCAAAAAUUAACGAAGCUGUUCGAACAUGACGCGAAGAAGAUGCCUCGGUGCAUAUCCCUGCGCUUGCGCCUCCUGACGUCAUUAAGACAAUUACUAUCGAUAAGAUCACUGCUAAUUAUAACAUGUAUUAGUUUUACGAUAUCUUUUAUUUGGAUCCAGUUGGUAGAAAAGGAUAAUUUAAUUAUUGAUAAUGAAAGUUUAGUUAACGAAGCACUCGAAAAUGUCGCCCGCGACCAUAGAUACGCAGAAGUAUACAGGAAAGUGGACAGAUUGCAAAAAGAUGUUAAAUACAUACUCCUUUGGACGCCACAUAACUUUGCACCGUUUUAUUAUUUCGGUGACGGUCAAAGAGCGUUUAUCGAUAAAAACUGUUCAAAUAUAAACUGCUACGUCACGAGCGAUCGAAAUUUUUUCCAUGGAGACACAUCAAAGUUUGAUGCAAUAGCUUUUAAUGGGCGAAAUAUCGAUACUCUUACUAAAUCACAAUUACCAAAGGUCCGUUCACAACGUCAAAAAUUUAUAUACUUUAACAUGGAAUCAGCUGAUAAUUACCCCGUUUGCGAUGAUAUGUUUGAUGGCUUCUUCAAUUGGACUUCGACAUACAGAUUAGAUUCAGAUAUACCAUACCCUUACAUUCAAAUAAGAAAUUCUAACGGAGAAAUUGUUGGCCCACGAGAAAAAAUGAACUGGGUUAGGAGCAAUACCUUAAAUGAUGAAUACUUACAAACAAAAUUACAAAACAAGAGCAAGGCUGUUGCUUGGUUUGUGUCACACUGCUCAAGUAGAAGUGGUAGAAGAGAAUAUGCUAAUCAGUUAAGAAGAGCGCUGCGCGCUCAUGGCUUGACGCUUGAUAUAUACGGAGCAUGUGGACCACUAAAAUGUCCACGAAAUCGGAAGAACAGUUGCGAUUCCAUCUUAGAAAGUGAUUAUUUUUUCUAUCUUUCGUUUGAAAAUUCGUUAGCGAAGGAUUAUGUAACGGAGAAACUUCUAACAGCAUUGCAGCACGAUUCGGUUCCUAUUGUUCUUGGUGGUGCUGAUUACUCAAGAUUUCUUCCACCUGGAUCUUAUUUAAACGCUCGUAGUACAACACCUACUGCCUUGGCAAAUAUGAUAGCUAAGCUUAUGUUGAGCAAAGAAUACUAUCAAUUCUUCUUAUGGAAGUCUUCCUACACAUACUAUGAUCCGACCGAAACAAAUAACGUCUGCGCCGUUUGUGCAGCACUUCACAAUAAGGAAAUGUUUGAAACACCAAGUGUUUAUAGGAAGUUAAGAAGAUGGUGGCAUCCAAAUUAUGAUGAUAGAUGCUACACGUGAUAUAUUUUAUACAUUCUAUAAUAAUUUAUAGAUUAUAGUGUAUAUACCAUCACUGCCAAAUCUUUAGGAUAAGUUCCUGUUUUAAGUAAUUCUUUACUUAGGGCUUUGUGCAAGUCCGUCUGGAUAGGUACUAUCCACUCAUCAGAUAUUUUAUCGUCAGUGUUCCGAUUUGAACGGCGACUGAACAAGUUUUACUACAUGCACAAGGGACAUGAUAUCUUAUUUCCCAAGGUUGGUGACGCAUUGGCUUAAUUUGUGUUUAUAAUUCAUCUUGUGCUUAACGGUGAAGGAAAACAUCGUGAGGAAACCUGCAUGUGUCUAAUUUCAUUGAAAUUCUGCCACAUGUGUAUUCUACCAACCCGCAUUGGAGCAGCGUGGUGGAAUAAGCUCCAAACCUUCUCCUCAAAAGGGAGAGGAGGCCUUAGCCCAGCAGUGGGACAUUAACAGGCUGUUACUGUACUGUACUGUAUUAGCAAAUCGCAUGGAAUAUUUAAAUGUAAGGUUUGUUUAUGUUUACUCCUUUGAUUGGAAUAGGCUAUACUAAUAUUAUAAAUACGAAGUUCUCAUUUUUGUUUAACACAACAAUGGAGCAAGCAAUCGAUUUGAUGUAUUGCAUAGUGAUACUUUAUAAGUCGGAUAGAUUUUAUUCCGAAAAAUAUCAUGGGUAUAAAAAAAACUAAAUUCAUGAGUCCAAUUUUUUGGUCAGUUUUAAAGCUUAAUCUUAAAGACUUAUUUUUUUCAUUACUUAUAUUAAGUGUACUUAAAUUAUUAAGACGUAGCACUAGUUUGUAAAUAAUUAUUUUGUGUGUGUGUGUGUGUGUGUUUUUUAAAGUGGUGAGUCGAUUAGUGACAAUGGGUGCUAAAAAUGAAUAGAUUUAUAUAAUUAUAUAUGUAUGUUAUAAUACUGUUAAAUAUUUGUUAUUGUGUGAUGCUUUAUUGUUCUCAAUAAUAAUAAUAAUAUAUAUUUUUAAUUCUAAGCAGUUACAUUCAUUUCAAUUUUGUUUCGUUCCUAGUGUACAUUUUCUCGUGUCAUUGGCAUCAAAGUGCGCAUUUUAUAUAA